GCGCCAACAAAUAUUCAUAUUAUGUUCAUUUGCUAACAGAAAGAUUGUUCACUAUUCGCACGAGCAGUCAAUUAUGAUCUGGGGGCGGAGUUUAAUAUAAACAAUAAUAAUUACAAUUUGCUGACUGUCAGACGCCAAAAAAACUCAGUUUACAAUAAGUAUAUUCCUAUUAUCUUUUGGAAAAGGAAGCUAUUAUCUGAGUAUUUAUCAUUUCUUUUUGAACAUUCCUUUUCAUAUUUAUGUACAUUAUUUCCUUUUUUAUCUCUCUCUCUCUCUCUCUCUCUCUCUCUCUCUAUUUCUAGUCUUUUUUCCUUCUUAUUUCGAUAGAUUGAAGAGACGUUUGGAAAAAUGGAAAAAGGGCAGACUGAACAGGGUACUACCACCCCAAAAGGAGAGAUGGACGAGAAGGAGGAAGAAGCCUGGUUGAGAGUAACAAUUCAAGAGCUGAGAGAAAUCAAGGGGUCGGCCGAUCAAUUACUUGAUGAAGCCGCAGCCUAUAGUAUGGUUAGAGAAUCAAUAAUUGAAGAACUUCGCGAACGUAUGAGUACAUCGGGAGCUCUUCUUGAAAUCGCUGAGAUGAUUCUCAACAUUCACGUUUCUCGAAGAGAGGAUCAAGAUAAACUUUGAAUAGUCUUUGUUUAUUCUUGGCACUUAUUUUCAUUUGUUCCAAAUAUAUGACAUUUG